AUGGCAGAAAACCAGUUCCUCUCGACCCGCUACACCAGCUGGUGCCCCGCACCCAGGAGCGCGGACACCGCCGAAGAGCCAUGUUCGACAGCGCGGGGAUUCGAUCCCCUGAUCUUUGAAGAUGGGGACGAAGGCGACAUGAGUUACUCGUACGAAGCGAACGUGGCGGAGUAUGUGGAGUCGCUCGCUGUCGCCGCGCACGAGAACCAAUGGACAGAGUUGGAAGCGUCGUGCGAGAUUCUCGAUCAGGCGGGAGUCGCUAUUGAGGAGAUCUGCCUCACCCACGGCAUGCCGUCCGCCUUAAUCUCCGUAUCCUCCAUCCCGGAGGUCGACGAAACAUCCGAGCAGUUUCACGAUGUGCCUGCUGCUUGCGCCUCCUCCAACGCAUCAACUCCGCGCCACGACAAUUCCCCUGGACUUUUCUCCCCGGUGGUUUCAAAAUUCAGCCGCACGUCGCCAGCUUCGGGUGCGGGUGUACCCGUUAUAAGGACGACGCGGUUUGGUGGUGGGAUGAAACACUCCGCUUCGGUACCUGCACUCGACAGUCUCGCUUCGAAUGGAUCAAGCAGUGACCUUGUCCCGAAUCAGGUGUACUACGUGUCAAAUCAAUCGCUACACUCCAUCCCCGCUACAGUCAACGACGGCAAUCACCGAACUUCCUGUAUGAAGCACUCCGUUUCCGUCCCCGCUCUCAAUCACCUCGCCAUACACGAACAUCUCCCAUCCGUCGGCCAACUCAUCCAGCCCGUUACAAGCAACCGCCGCUUAAUAUCACAACCAUCCAACGUCUCGCUCCAGAGUAACGACAGCAACGGCUAUUUUGCCGCAGAUUGCGGCGACGACAGGGACCUAACGACCCUGAGACGAGUGCCGUCAGCAGCUCUUAGCGCGUGCGACUUCGGUAGCAGCAGAUAUAGCAGUCGCGUGCCGUCCCGCGUGCAUUCAGUCGCAGAUCUGCAGGCGGCGACGUUCGCCACUGCGGCUUCGCCAAUUCCUGCUGGUUUGGCAAAAACCAGAUCGUUUUCGCAGGAGUCGCGCGCACACACACCGUCUACCGGAGGCGAGCGACAGGGUAACCAGUUUCGCGCUGGCGGACUUGCUGUUGGAGUUGGGUCUGUGGAUUGCAAGGAAGCAGAGGUCGCGGCUUUAUGCCAAGGGAACAUCACGAGCGUCGCAAGCAGCAGCAGGAGCAAUCAGGGUAACAUCUCGCGUAACGGCAGCAGUGGAAGCGGCGGCGGCGGCGGAGGAGGAGCAGGCACGCGAAAGGUUGGUGCGGUGCGCUCUAUGAAGAAAUUGCUCGCGUCGCUGUUUGAAACGGAGAGGAAGAUGAGCGUCAAAGUGUGGACGGGCGGAAACCCUAAUGCGAUCGACUUGCAUGGUAGCCCGAUCAACAUGGCGACACAGGGAUACGGAGCGCCUGCGAUAGUUCGAGCUGGCUACAGGGAGAGCGUGCCGGCACGGAACAUGCCUAAGGAGCUGAUGCGGCACCUGGAAAUGCCAGUCGCUCAGUGA